AUGACUACGGUCCAGGCGUCCUCCCUAGCCAACACGUCCACGGGCCCUCCUGCGCCUGCUCAAACCCAGGAGCAGUCGACCAGCCUGCCGACCGCAGUAGGAGUCGGGAUCGGUGUCCCGCUCGGAACAACUGCCAUCGGAUUCCUCGGCUUCUGGUUCUGGAAAGAAGCGGUGCGGCAACGCAGAAGCAAGGCCCGAAUACCGACACAGCGGACCGGUUUGAACAACAGCAGUCGAUUUGCCGCAGCGCCCAUUGAUCGAUCUUUGAAGGAACUUCCCGAUACGCACCUUCCGAGAGAGCUGGAUGGCCAGGGGGGAAUUGUACUACCCGGUAUCUGA